GAAGUUUACGGCCCAAGUUUUGGCGCAUGCGUAGUUGAGUUGAGGACUAGUAUGGCUUACCGGCUGGGGUGGGCGGCGGCUCGAGGGCCUCCGUUGUUGGCCGCUCUGUGGAGAAGCCGCUGCCGAGGGCUCCGGGGCCUGGCGCCGGCUCAGCAGCCAAGAAGUAUAGCAUCCUUCCAGCAGCUAUUGUAUUCAAAGCCACCUGAAGAGCCUCAUCGCUCCAAAGAUCAAGCCAAAAAUGCUGGCGGAAGCAAUAAUGGAGGAGAAGGCAACCGAGGCAAAAAGGAGGACGAUUCCAAUUGGUGGAAUCGUGUGCAGAAGGGAGAAUUCCCAUGGGAUAAUAAAAACUUCCGAUACCUCUUGGUCAUGGGAGCUGGCAUUGUCUCUGGCUUCCUGUAUUUCUACUGGCAAGAUCCUGGCCGAGAGAUCAGCUGGAAGCACUUUGUGCAAUACUACUUGGCCCGCGGAGUGGUAGAGCGGCUGGAAGUGGUGAACAAGGAAUUUGUGCGGGUAUUUCCGGUCCCCGGGGCCACUUUUGAGAAGUAUGUCUGGUUCAACAUCGGCAGUGUGGAUACGUUUGAACGGAACUUAGAGGCGGCUCAACAAGAGCUGGGCAUUGACAUGGCACACCAGGUCUCGGUGGUCUACAGCACUGAGAGCGAUGGCUCCUUCCUGAUGGGCCUGGUGCCCACUCUGCUCCUGUUCGGCUUCCUGCUCUUUGCUCUGAGGCGGGGGCCCAUGGGCGGCGGGGGCCGAGGGCCCAGGAGCCUCUUCAGCCUGGCCGAGACCACGGCCAAGGUCCAGCAGGGCGGCACCCAGGUGCAGUUCAAGGACGUGGCCGGCUGCGAGGAGGCCAAGUUGGAGAUCCUGGAGUUUGUCAACUUCCUGAAGAAUCCCAAGCAGUACCAAGAGCUGGGGGCCAAGAUCCCAAAGGGAGCAAUGCUGACCGGCCCCCCAGGAACAGGCAAGACCCUCCUGGCCAAAGCGACCGCAGGAGAAGCCAACGUCCCUUUCAUCACCGUCAAUGGCUCUGAGUUCCUGGAGAUGUUUGUGGGCGUUGGACCGGCCAGAGUGCGGGACAUGUUUGCCUUGGCCCGGAAGAACGCUCCCUGCAUUCUCUUCAUCGACGAGAUCGACGCCGUUGGGAGAAAACGGGGCCAGGGACACUUUGGGGGCCAAAGCGAGCAGGAAAACACCCUCAACCAGCUGCUGGUGGAGAUGGACGGGUUCAACAGCAGCACUAACGUUGUGAUCCUCGCAGGCACCAACCGUCCGGACGUCCUGGACCCGGCGUUGAUGCGACCGGGGCGUUUUGACCGCCAAAUUUAUAUUGGGCCACCAGACAUCAAAGGCAGAGCAUCCAUCUUCAAAGUCCACCUCCGACCUCUCAGGCUGGAUGCAGGUAUCAGCCGAGACGCUCUGGCGAGGAAGAUGGCUGCCCGGACGCCCGGGUUCACAGGGGCUGAUAUCUCCAAUGUGUGCAACGAGGCUGCCCUGAUUGCUGCGCGACACGCCAGCCCUACCGUGGACGAGAAGCACUUUGAGCAGGCUAUCGAAAGAGUCAUUGGGGGGCUUGAGAAGAAAACUCAGAUCCUGCAACCAAAUGAGAAGGCGGUAGUGGCAUACCACGAGGCGGGACACGCCGUGGUCGGGUGGUUCUUGGAGCAUGCAGACCCCUUGCUCAAGGUGUCCAUCAUCCCCCGAGGGAGAGGCCUGGGCUAUGCGCAAUACCUUCCCCGGGAGCAGUUCCUCUACACCCGGGAGCAGCUCUUUGACCGGAUGUGCAUGAUGCUGGGCGGCCGCGUGGCCGAGCAGCUCUUCUUUGGGCGGAUCACCACCGGGGCCCAGGACGACCUCCGGAAGGUGACCCAGAGCGCCUACGCCCAGGUGGUGCAGUUCGGCAUGAGCGAGAGGCUGGGCCAGGUCUCCUUCGACCCCCCGCAGCAAGGCGACCUGGCUCCCGAGAAGCCCUUCAGUGAAGCCACGGCGGAGCUGAUUGACGAGGAGGUCCGCUCCUUGAUUAUGGCAGCCUACGAAAAGACCCAGGCCCUCCUGACACGAUGCAGGGACCAGGUGGAAAAGGUCGGGAAGCGUCUGCUGGAGAAGGAGGUGCUGGAGAAAGCUGACAUGGUGGAGCUUCUGGGCCCGAGGCCCUUUGCGGAGAAGUCCAGCUACGAGGAGUUUGUGGAGGGAACCGGGAGCCUAGAGGAAGACACCUCCCUCCCUGAAGGACUGAAGGACUGGAACGUCCAGCGGAAGGAGGACGAAGAGGAGGUGGAGGAAGGCCAAGGACAGAGGAGCCAGGAGAAGGCCUCGUAGAGACAAAAAGACCCCUUUGUUGGUGUGGAGCACUGAAGCCGGUCUUCUCCAAGCCUUGACCUCAGGUAAAAAGGAUGCCUUGAUGGGGUGAUGGCCCAAAACACUUCCUCCUUCGCUGUCAGGUUUUCUCUUUAAUCCAGCACAACCUGAAGUCCUCUUUCUGCAAAUAUGCAAACCUCUUUGGUGAUGGGAGGAAGGAAGUGGAAAAGCAAGUGCCUCUCCAUGCAACUGACUGGUUUACCCAUCACUAAAUGCACUCAGGAGGAAGAAGCAGAGCCAGUGGCAUGCUCUUCUAUGACACUGUUCCUCCUCCUCUGGGACUUUGGGUUCCCUGUGUACUCAGUGCCUUCGCUGCAGGUACCUUUCUUCCCAUCAACCCCAACCUGCACUCAAAAGUAUGCAAGUGAUGGGCUCACUGAAGCCCAGGGAUUAUGGGGACGUCUUCUAUGGUGACGCUGCUGAAUAUCUCCUUUCCAGGAAUACACAGGGGCUGGGUGCAGGUGGGGAGGGGACCAUCACUGGAAAAGAGCAUGGUGCUACUUUGAUGGGUGCUACUAACGUCCUGGACUCACUCUUUCUUGACAUGAUGCAGCAUAAAGGAUUCUAGCACCAGCUGCUUUUGGCAUGACAAUCACACAGUGCUCAUAUAUGUAGAAUCAUAGACCCACAGAAGUGGAAAAGAGACCACAAGGACAUUACCUCAAUCAUGUAGAGUUAGGAAACAUAAAAAGUUCAGAAGGACCCUAGGACCAUCUACUCCAAACCUAUUCUACCUCCUUCUGUUCCCCCUUUGAAAAGCUUUCAUCAGGAAGUUCUUCCUAACAUUUAGGUGAAAUGUAUUGGCUCAUAUUCCGAUCUGUGGCAGGAAACAAAUUGUCUCCAUCAUCUACCUGAUAUUGCUACGUAGCAGGUAUUUACAUUUGAAUAUAGUGUAACUUCUCAAAUCUUCUUUCCCCAAAGCGAAAACUAUGCUGCUCCCUUUGCUGUUUCUUCUAGGACCUUUUUGGUCACCUACCUCUUCCUGACUUGGAUUCUAGCCAUUUGGAGGGGCCUGACCUGCCAGAAGUCCAGCUGGCUCCCAGACCAGUGACUGGGCAGAAACAAAGUGUAGUGACUCAGCAGAACUGUCAGCCUUUGGAAAGGCAUUCAUAGAAUCAUAGAAACAGAAUAAUAGAGUUGGAAGGGACCAUGUGGAACAUUUAGUCCAACCCUCUGCCAUUCAGGGAUCUAAAGGAGGGAUCCUGGCUAACUUUUAUUUCUUUCCAGGAGCCCAAAUGCAGCUGGCAAUCCAAACCCACCUUUCCUCGUUCUCUGGAAGUUCUGACCUGCAUUAUUUGGGGGAAAGGGACCAAGAUCAGAUAUUGUGCAUGUGCCUUCACAUCACUCAUAAACUUACAAAUUUCAUAGGGUUUUCUCAGGCAAAGCAUACCCAGAUGUUCGAAUCCCACCUGGGGAGAGCGCGGAUGAGUUCCCUCUCUCAGCUCCAGCUCCAUGCGGGGACAUGAGAGAAGCCUCCCACAAGGAUGGUAAAAACAUCAAAACAUCCGGGCAUCCCCUGGGCAACGUCCUUGCAGACAGCCAAUUCUCUCACACCAGAAGCGACUCAGGUUGCUCCUGACACGGAAAAAAAAAAAGUUCCUUCCUCUGAAAUAAAAGCCUAAAGCACUUGGGAUUGGUUGAUGAGCCCCAUCCAAGUACUAACCAGGGCUGGGCGUGCUUAGCUUCCAAGAUUAGAAGGGAUCUGGUGCCUUUAGGAUGUAUAGGCAGCUCUUCUAGAAGAAUCUAUUGCUGGCCCAUUGAUCUGUUUUUCUACGUCUCCUCCUCUUCUUUUUCAAAAUUUACACACUUUCUUCAAAUUUAGUCCCAUAUAAAUAUUGUGCAAACUUGUUUUGAAAAUGCCCAUCACAUUCAGACAUUGUUUCAUCCCCAAAAAGUAAAGUCCACCGUUUGCAAGAGAAAUAAUCUUUCUCUUAUUUGUAUGCAGAUUGGUAUAAAAUGUGACGUUCUUGUCCUGCGGACAAUUGGGAACAAAGCUUCAAAUUCUUCAGUGUUACGACAGGAGGUAGAGGUGCCAACCUUAUCUCUGAGAUAGUAAUGUGGGGAUGUGACAUUAUCUAUUUGUGGGUUGAGCAGUGGGGAGGGGGUGUCCCCACUUUAUAAAUAUCAAGACUAGCUGUGCUCGGCCACACGUUGCUGUGGCAUAGUCCUAAGUGGGGUUUUCUUCGUGGCAUUUAAGGUGGCCUAGAAAGGAUUCCCCUAGGUAUGAAGCAACCAGACUUUGAAGCUGCAAGGCUAUUCAAUGGUAUUCAAGUUGGCCAACAGUGGAGUCCCCUAGGUAUGAAGCAGCCAGGCUUUGAAGCUGCAAGGCUAUUCAAUUGUAUUCAAAUUGGCCAACAAUGGAGUCUCCUAGGUAUGAAGCAGCCAGGCUUUGAAGCUGCAAGGCUAUUCAAUUGUAUUCAAGUUGGCCAACAAUGGAGUCCACUAGGUAUGAAGCAGCCAGGCUUUGAAGCUGCAAGGCUAUUCAGUGGUAUUCAAUGCGGUUUUUCUGGUUUGGUCUCUGUUUUCUUUCUCCUUUUUUUGAUGGUCACUCCUUGGAAAGUGAUGAGUAUUGUGACCAAAUUUGGUGUGAUUUGGCCCAGUGGUUUUGUUGUUAACUCAGUCCUAAUUAUGCGCAUUACAUUUAUAUAUAUAUAUAGAUGAAAAUGGAAGCGAAUGAGUUCCAAAGGGUCCUGCAGGCCCCAGAUUCCAGGUGAGGGUUAAUAUACUACAUGAAUCCUGAUAGAGUGGAGGGCAAUCAGGUUCAAUAUCCUCAUUACCAAUGGAAAGUAUAUUUAUGGGCUCUUCUUUUGUAAAUCAGAUUUCUAAGCAUCAGUCUUUCCUUCCAUGAAGAGACCAUGGAAAUGAUUUGGAAAUAUUACAGUAUUUAUUUGACUAUUUUGAGAUCCCUGUUCCCUUGUGCCUGCGGGUGCCUCUUGUGUUUCAUUGUUGGUUGUUUCAGAUAAACAAAGCCCGAAAAUA